ACGUUCUUACAUUUGAUUAGUUAAAAAAAGAAAAGAAGUCUUUCCAUCCUUUUGCUGUCUAACAGUCAGACAUUACUCCUUUCCUGACAUUGAAGCAUCUGUCUGCUAAUCGUGUAUUUUUAGAGAGAAAGAAGGAGAAACAUGAAUACUAGCAAAGUAGCCAAUACUCCAAAAAACAAAACGCCUAAAUCAGCAAAAAAGAAAGGGAGUGCUGUAAAGGCACAAGUUGAUACGCCAAGACCAAAUCUGCCUGCUAAGAAAGUCCCAUCUGCUAAAAAACAAAAUGGUCUUAAAUCAGCUGCAACACCAAAGUCCAAAAGUGUGACUACAAAGACACCACCCAAGUCAAAUAAAAAGAAACCUGUCGUAAAAAAAGAUGAGGAAGAUGAUGAUGAUGAAGAGGAGGAAGAUGAAGAGAUGGAUGUUGAUCACAUAAAGGAACUUGUCAUGGCAUCAGAUGACGACGACGACGAUGAGGAGGAGGAAGAUGAUGAUGAGGAGGAGGAGGAUGAUGACGAUGAUGAUGAUGAUGAAAUAGAUGAAAAGGAUCUGGAGGCAAUGCUUAAAGCAAUCCGUGGCAAAGAGACUAAGAAGGCAGCUACCCCUGCCAAAACACCUAAGGAGGAGAAGACUAAGAAAGCUGUGACGGCUACUCCUGCCAAGACCCCUAAAGCUGGUAAGGGUAAAGACACAGAAGCAAAAACGCCCAAGAAAGCAGAAGAGGUUGCUCCAGCCAAGACGCCAAAAGGGGACAAAGCUAAGAAAACAGAAGCAGCAGCUACUCCUGCCAAAACUCCAAAAGAUAAUAAAGCUAAGAAAACAGAGGCAGCUACUCCUGCCAAAAAAGCUGAUACAGCUAUGGAAGCAGAUGCUGGACAACAGAAUCCUAUUGAAGACCUACAAGGAGCAUACCAAGAACAGUUGAAGUUCUUUAAUGAAAGAAACAAACGAACACUUUUUGUAAAACAGCUUCCCUCAAAGAUCACAGAAAGUGAACUUUCUAAAUUAUCAAGUGAUAUAUUAGUAGUCAGAAUGAGGAAAUCCCGAGAUUCAUCAGUGUAUGCUUUUGUAGAAUUUAAAGAUGAAGCAACUGCACAGAAAAACUUUAAGACACUUUCAGAAUGUAAAUUUGAGGGCAACCCAAUAUUUGUCGAUUUUGCAUCUACAAAAAGUACGUCUGAGGGUCCAAAAGGUAAUAUUGGAAAGCUUGAUCCCAAGAAAUUGUACAUAACUGGUUUCCCUCAAAAGACAACAUUAGAAGAUUUGCAAAAGGUACUUCCAAAUGCCCAAGUGACUUUGCCAGUCAAGACAUCAACAAAUGUGCCUUUAGGAUAUGCAUUUGCUAAGUUUGAAAUACCCGACUUGUGUUCUGAAGCAUUGAAACAGGUACAGGGCAAAGUACUUCAUGGCACUCCUUUGAUAGCUCUCUAUGCAAAAUUAGUACCAUUAUCGAAAGAAAUAAAGAGGAAACUGGACGAACCUAAAGGAGACCCUGAUGCCAAGAAAAGAAAAUUGGUUCAAAAGAAAGAGGAGGAGGAGGAAGAUGACGACGAUGAUGAUGAGGAGGAGGAAGAUGAUGAUGAUGAUGAUGAUGAUGAUGAAGAGGAAGAGGAGGAUGAUGACUAGGAAGAAUAAUAAUUGAGAGAACACACCAUCUUUGAAAGUCAUUUCUUUAACCUUCAUUAACAUUCUCUUUACUGCAACUAAGAGCAGAUCUGUAUUUACAAUCAUAAACUCAUUACAGGAUUAAAACAUUUUAUAUAUACAUAUAUAUAUAUUGCCACUCA